ACUCGCUCUUGUAUCAAAAUGGCGGCUUUAUCACCCGCGGUUGCUGGUAAAGAAAUUUUACUUAAUUUUUUUGUAGAUUUUAUCCUUAGAUACCCUUUUUUCGGUUACAGAGCAUUAACUUUAAACACGUUGUCUUUCAUGUCUUACUACAGUUCGAGGAUCGGAAGGGAUAUCUAUGAUUCACGGCCCCCAUUCGUUCAAACAACACGACGGAUUUGGAAGGUUUGUGAUCAUAUCACUUGUGAUUCUGUGCCAAUCCCAUAACGCUGCGUUUAGUUUAAGUACUGCUAAAGUGUGUUAAAGCGUUCAUAUUUCGGUUUCUUUAAAAAUCUUAACGUUCAGAUUCCCAGGACUAGGUGAUACCGCAUUUUAAAGUCCAUCACUAUAAUAUCACCAUCAUGCAUAUCACCAUCACCGUCAGCCCUUUCUUUUGAGAAUUAACCUACUGUAGGUAUAGGUAAAUCAAAAUUAAAUAAAAAUGUAUAGAGAGGGCAACUUGAAAGCUGAUCUGAACGAUGUACAGCAACAGACACACAUAAAAUUAUAUUGAUGUGCGGACAUGCUUGAGGUUGAUCACUAGCAUGGUUUAUGUCCUGAUUUACAUGUACCCCCCCCCCCUACUCUAAGCAAAAAGCAGUGUGGGUUUCUUUUCCAUGCCACAAGAGUCAUAUCAGGGUCCACACAUACAUGUAGACAGCAGUUAAGCAGUUCAUGAUCAGUAUAUGUCAUCUGCUUGGUAAUUGUUAAUUGUAUGAUAUGUUUUUAUAGCUGUGACAAUAAUAAUCAUUGGUUAUGAUUAAGUUUCACUAAUACAAUUUUUCAGUGAUAAUCAUCCACGAUGCAGAGUGAUGGCUUUUAGCUCCGAUGGAUCCUUGUUUGCUUGGUGUAAUGGUGAACGGUAAUUUGCAUUCUUUUUUGUUCUUAUGACACAUAUAGCUAGGACAACAGUAAUAAUGGAAACUUUAUUUACAUAAUAAUAAUAAUAAUUUUUUUUUUUUAAUAAAAACGAUACAAAACUUUAUUCAUAGAUUUAAAAAAAUAGACUAUUUACAGAUUCAAGAAUAUGAAAUAUUAAAAUAUAUACCCUAUGUACAUUCUUCUUGUGUACGAAAGAGAAUUGUCGUAAAAUGACUAUCUAAAGACUACUAAUAACAAUUAUAAAAAGCAUCAAAAAGUUUAUAAAAAAAAUAAAAACUAUUUAAAAAUAAUAAUUCAAACUGAUAAAAAGUUACUAAUAAUAAUAAUAAUAAUAAUAAUGAUAACGAUAAUGAUAAUUAAUAACGAUACUAUAAAAAUCAUAACUGAAGUAACAUGCACAUUCUGAUUGAUCAUUUCUUAUUUGCACAUGUGUGAAUGUGAAUAUCAGCUAUUGAGUGCUCUUAGCAGUACUGUCAAUAAUUCAAUGAUUACAACACCCUGAAUUAAUCAAUCAAUGCAUAAAAACAAAACAUUGUAACAUCAUAUUUAUUAUCAGUCACUGACAUCGCUUAGUUAUUGCUUACAGGAUUGUGCUUAAGUCCAGGUUUGCUCGCGGCUGCAAAAAUUGGGAUUUUUCAUGUGUUUGCAAAAAAUCGCAAAAAUCACAAGGUUGGCAAUUUUUUGAAAGCCAGUUGAGAAAAUUGCGAAAAAUCAAAGUCUGAUGAUUUUUGGCAUUAGUUGGAAUUUUUCGCAGUUCUUUGUCAUGUUGAUGCUCACUUUUCUUGUGUUCAUGAUCACUUAAGUCUACAGCCGGUUGCCAAUUUUAUCAAAGUUGUAAUAAGUCUGACAAUUUUCUACUUUACUUGCCAUUUUGGCAUCUCCCUGUCAGUGCAAUUAAAGCAUAUCUUCACGCAAAAGCCGAUGCAGCUCUUUAAAAUAAUAAAGUUUUAUGUUAUCUUAAGGUUCGAGUUAUAUCCAUGAGGUUCCAAUGUAUUUCAAGUUUCAUGUUAUACCUUGUUGUUUAAACUAGGAGUAUUUGAACAAGGGACUAAGUAUCAUAAGGAUGUAUUUGUCAGCUGAUUAAGUUAGACGCAGUGUCUUUCUGUUUUCCUGAUUGAUUUGUUAUAUAAAUUAUUCCACAGUGUGAUAGUGGUGGAAACUUCCCAUUUCAAUCUAGUUUGCAGUAUCCCAAAAGAAAAAUCUCUUUGCUUGGCAUUUUCACCAAAAGGCACUCAUCUGUCGAUAUGGGAACAAUAUGCAGGUUAGAUCAUUAAUGAGGUAAUUGUAUUUGAAUAUUGUCCUGCAGCAUUUUUUUAAAGGAGGUGGCAGGGUCAAAACUGUAACACCACAUAAAAACAUGUAAAAACACUAUGAAAGAAACUAUAAUACCACAAGAAAAUUUACCAAAAUUCCUAAAAUCCACAAACUACGACCCUUUGUAAAAUUGUAAUGCUGUUGGUUAAAGUGAAGGAUUUGGAGACUGGAACUUGCUGGAAUUCUUUUAACUGAAAGGCAAUAGAUAGUUCUCAUCUCUUUGUACAGCACUUUAAUUACAAAAUGCAGUUAAAAUCUACUUGUGCUCUCUUUUUGUGAAAUCAGUGACCCCAAAUCAACCUGCUGGAACAAAUAAUCUUGAAAUCUGGCAUCUUCAAUCAGCAAGACUAGUCACUGGAUUUUGUCAAAAGAAAAAGGAUACAUGGUUGGUAUAACAAGUCAUUAAUUACUCAACCUCAUAGUACAAUGUUCCAUAUUAAUUUAAUGACUUGGCAAGAAACUGUAAAAUCUGUAGUAGCAGACCACAAUUUAAAGUUUGCUUGGACCUUCAAAAGUGGGUUGGCACUAGUUUCACUUCAAGACUACUUUGAUGAAUAAUUAUAAUAAAGGGUGCAUGGAAAAAUCCAAGUGCUAAUAUUAUUUUAUUGACUACCAGUUUAUGAACCUAAGGUGGAUUUUGACUUGACUCUGAAUAAGGAACCAGCACAGCACCUAAUGUAGUUUGUGCUCCCCUCUCAGUGUUGUUUUAAUCAAGAGUUGGGGGAUAAACUGACCCACCAUUCCGGGGGGACCACCUGUCCCGUCCAGAUAUUCCUUCAUGACAUGGGGUCACAUGACUAUACCAUGGUGUAUGUAGUUGAUAUACUUCAAGACUAAUGUGAGACAGUUAUGAAAGUGAACAUGUGACAUUUGAUAUUAUUAACACAAGAAUAUAAUGACCAUUUCAGUUAUCAACACAACUUUAUAAAAAAAGGUAUUUUCAAAAAUUAAGCCUAAAAAUUUCAGGCUUCAGUGAGAUAUGAACCCAUGGGAUCUGCAAAACUGGUGAAUGUGAAUAUGUUUAAUUUCAUAAAAAUUAAACUAGGGAAGAAAUAUUCAAAAAAGAGAAAAUGAGAAAGAUCACUGCAUUUUUGUAUGCAAGCUAAGCAGUUACAAAAAAAAAUACAACCUUGAUCAGCCUAAACCAGAGUGAAACAGGGUACAAAAGUACUGAUAGCUGUUACCAUUCAUUUUUGUUCCACAUCCAUUAAUUUAAUGAUUCAUGUAUUUUUUAAUAACAUCCAGGGAGCCCAGGUGGAGUGAUGAUGAGUCAGUGUGCGCUCGUUCUGUCACCAAUGAAGUACACUGCUUCCAUGAUGCAGAUUUCAGUAGGUGUUAGAAUAUUUAUUUGCUGAUAUUUGUUCACUUUUAAAACUGAUAAAAACACCUACAUAAUGUAAGAACAAAAGUAACCAUGUAGGUGCAUAUACGUUUAUUAAUGUUAAGCAUUGAUAACCAUUCAAAGUUUCAGACAAUCUUUUUCUCAAACCAAUUCUUGAAAGCUAAUUUUAGUUUCAGAUGAAGUGUGGAAAAUUCAAGUUAAGUCUGGAAAUAAUGCAAAAAAUAUCUGGACAUUUAAAAACAAGCCUAGCAUGCCUCUUGCUUUUAUAAGAAAUAACAAGUUGAGACUAUUUGCAGCACAAACUUUUAACAUUAUAACUUUUUUCUUUUCCUUUCCUGCUAGCCUCAAUUGCCACCAAACUAAGGCUUCAAGGUGUUUCAGAGUUUGAGUUGUCCCCAGGUCCCCCUCCAUUUACUGUGGCUGCCUACGUUCCUGGUGUAAAAGUGAGUAUCGCAUUUAGUGAGGUUUCUGUCUAAGUUAAAGCAUGAAUUCUUGGUAAUUGCAGUAGGUUCAAGUACCAUCUACAUUUAUGUACUUUCAUUAUGAUACUUUACAAUCAAUUUAAUAAGAAACAGCAAGAGGCACUGUGGAAGUUUGUGCCUUCAAGUGCACCUGUGUAAAAUUAUAAGAAGAUGAACAAUAUUUGCCUGCUAACCGCACAUAUCUUUGAAAAAACUACAGUUUUUGUUACUUCAUAAACUUUUCUUACAAAAAAUCAUUAUCCAAAACAGAACUUUAAGAUAAUCUACCAGUAACAAAGUUUUUUUUAACUGUCUCUCUACAACUGAGUGAGCUGAAACACAUAAAAAAUGUAUAGUACCCAUGCAGCCUUUAACCCUUUAAGUCCCAAUAGUGACCAACAGCAAUUCUCUCCUAACGAUACCCAUACAUUAUCAUGAGAUGGGGCUAUGAGAAUUAAUUAAAUGAUCAACUAAGAGAAAAUACUUUGAUCUUUGAUCAAAUUCUCUCCACUCAUUCUUUAAGGAAAUGUAUAGAGAUCAGUUUGGAGAAUUUGUAUGUGGAUACUGGGGCUUAAAGGGUUAAAUACAUGUAGUUGCUGAAUUUGUUGUAAUUUGACAUUUAGGGUGCUCCAUCGUAUGUACGUCUGUUUAGACAUCCGAAUUUUGACAGCCCUGCUUCUGUGCUUGCCAACAAGAGUUUCUUCAAAGCUGACAGAGUAAAAAUGAUGUGGAACAAGAAAGGUAAUUAUAAACAUGAGAAUGCCUCUCCAUGGCUCUGCAAAAUUGCCAAGUAUAAAAUACCAUUACCGUGAGUCAAACUUUACAGUAGUAGUGUUUAAAAUAUAAGUUGUCCCACUAAACUCAUAGUUCAGUAAAACCUGAAUAAAGCAGACACAACUGUUAGUGCAUCCUAAACAGUUGUAUUUUUUGUAAAAAGAACGUUAUCAAAUGGAUGCCUCUAUUAAGCAUAGCUCCUUAAAAAAUGUUUGGAUUGCAGCCAGAUAUUGUACAAAAGUUUACUCUAUUUGCAGGCUUUACAUGAUAUGAGCAAGUACUUAGUAAUGCUUGUAAAAUGUAUUGGUCUUGUUUUCAGGUACGGCUGUCCUUGUUAUGGCGAUAACUGAUGUUGACAAGACAGGAGCAUCAUAUUAUGGUGAACAAACAUUACAGUUCAUAAGUACAUCUGGUGAGAGCAGCAUGGUACAGCUAGGUAAGAUAUGGAGAGUGAUUGACACUGAAUAUCUCCUUACUCUAUCAAAUCAGUGAAAUGUUUGAACCCAAGAGUCAUAGGUGGAGCAUGAUUGUCCGGAUGAGUGUAUUCCUGAAAAGGAAUGUUGUUGACAGUGACUGACGUUUUUGACAACCUGUGCGGUAGUCAUCUUCAGAGACAAAGUGAGUUCUAUCACGUCAGUUAAUGGUGAUAAACUCUGGUUAUCAACCAAAUCAAUUGGUUAAUUAAGUCGCGAUACAACUCACUCUCUCUCUGAAGAUGAAAACCACACAGGCUGAUGAAACAUCUGUCACUGUCAGCAACAGUCCUAUUCAGGAAUACACUAACCCACGUCCACCUAUCUAUCAAUUCACUUAAGCAGGGGGGUAAUGACAAAAAAUCAGUUAUGGGUUAAAAAAUCCAAAAUUGAUUAAACUGGACCUUCAUCAAGUGCAUUAUUAUUUUGGUCAGAUGUAUGCCAGUUGACCUCUUCUUGUGAUUGGUUACUUGUUCAAGGUUGUGUUAGGAGCAACUUUAACUUUAAUAGUUUGAUUUUUUUUGCAUAUAACUAAAAGGUUGUAUUUCUGUCAAAGAAGGAGUUUUUGCACAAAGCUGUUGGUUUGGCUUAAUAUUUCCGAAAACUAUCACAUUAAAGUAGACUUCCACUGUGCAUGUGUUUGUUGAAUGUGCUUUUCUUGUUUUCAAAGGUAAGAGAGGCCCAGUCUAUGCUGUCCAGUGGAGUCCAAACUCCAAAGAAUUCUGUGUGGUUUAUGGUUGUAUCCUUUUGUUCAAUGAAUGGCACAAAGGCAAGCAAUGUCUUAGUUUAGUGGAAAAAUAAUGUAACUGUGUAAGUAGAGAACUUUUCAAUAUUACCGUUUGGGACAAUAAGAAUAAAAUUCUGGGUUCAAUCCACCUGAUGCUUAACCCAAUGUAGCGACAUGUACUGCUUACUGCUCCCUUAACGCAUUGUUAAUGCUCGACUUACCUCUACCUUAAACCAAUGUAGAGAACUUUUCAAUAUUAUAUGUUGUGGGAAAUUGAAAUUCUGGGUUCAAUCCACCUAAUGCUUAACACAAUGUAGCUACAUGUACAUGUACUCCUCCCUUUACUCAAUGUUGAUGCUUGACCUACCCCUACCUUAAACCAAUGUUAACACUUCUCACCUACCCCUCCCUUAAUUCAUUAUUAAUGCUUGACCUACAAUGUACCCCUCCCUUAUCCCAAUGUUAACACUUCACCUACCCUUCCCUUAACCCAAUGUGAAUGCUUCACCUCCUCCUCCCUUAACCCAUUGUUGACAUUUCACUUACCCUUCCUUUAACCAAACGUCAACACCAACUUCUCAUUUAGGUCAAAAUGUUGGGUGAGGGGAGGGGUAGUUAGGUAGUUUCUUAGAAAAUUAUACUGGGAGACAAAUAGCCUGCGUAGCAUGGCGAUUUUGAUCGGGCACGCAAAAAAGCCAAGGUGGGGGAGGGCUUUGUGGCUUCACCCCUCAGCAGUGCACCCCACAAAACCUUAACCGCCAUGAUAUGGAGGCUAAGAAACAUAGUUUUUUUUUAUUAGCUAUGUUUACGUGAACUCUUACUCUGUUCAAGUUUCAUUUUCAACUACUGGUGAAUCUGUAAUUGUGUUCCUUAGUUCCAAUGUCUGAUAUAUCAUCCUUGACAAUGUUUGACCAGUCAUGCCAGCAAAGGCUACACUAUUUGAUCUUAAAUGCAAUCCACUGUUUGACUUUGGGACUGGACCAAGGAAUGACAUCUUCUUUAAUCCACAUGGAAAUAAUAUCCUUUUUUUGUAAAGAAAUGCUCUCAGAAUAAAUGCAAAGUACAUAAUUGUGUCACUACCCUGUAAGAAGUGAUUUCUCCAGCCUAAACGCUAUGUUACAAAAGGCCAUAGCCACCUGCCUUUCAGAGCCUUUCAAAAGGGACAUAUCAAAGAACAUAGGUGCAAAAGGAUCUUUUCUUGCAAAGAGAGAAGGUAAAUUAUUAUAAUAAUGUUGUUUUUGUGUUGCUGUCACUUUGUUUGACAGACAACCUUCAUCUGAUCAGGGGAUGAAACAAAAUAGAGCAUUUAAAAUAGGUCUCCAUAGCUCAGUUGGUAGAGCACUGCAAGGCUAAUGCAGAGGCCAUGAGCUUGAAUCCCAUUGAUGCCUUGAAUUUUUUUCUGGGAUUACUUUACAAUUGCUUAAAUUGUGUUGUCUUCUUCAAUGUUCUUAAUUUUAUUUAGUUUUGUAUUUCUGCAGGUCACAUCAUCUUAAUUCAAAAACUAGUAUAAUAACUAUAAUUAUUCUUGCGGAUCAGAGUCAUUAUCUUUAUCCUUAACUGUUGGUACUUAUUUGUUUGGCUGGAUUUGGAAAUCUUAGAGGCCAACUGGUAAGAGGAUGAUGUUCUUUAAAACAUUCUUAUUUGUACUUUAUCUUUCCUGUUUUAUUAGAGUCGUUUUGCUAUUGAAAAUAGUUUUUAUGCUUGCCACCUUAUACAUGUACCGAUGUAGGUGAUUUCUGAUGAUCUUCUAUGCCUAUCCCAGAAGCUUAAAGCAGGGGCGGGUCCAGGAUUUUUUUUAGGAGGGGGUGCACUCGUCUCUUGCUCUGCUUCAACGCCAAUAAACCACAUAGUUUUUUUUUGCAGAAUACCAGUUGUAUUAGAAAACCGAAGGGCAUUUCGGGGGGUGGGGGUGCGCACCCCCUGCACCCUCCCCCUAGAUCCGCCCCUGUAAAGCUACCGUAAAAUGAGUAACAGAAACGUGCAACUUGUUUUGCAACAUUGCUGCAAACGGGUUAAAAAUGAUGUUGUGCAUUUUACCGCCCACUAAUCACUCCUGACUUGCAUGCAACAUAUCAGGUUGUUACAAGUUGCUUGGAUAGCGAUCGCUUAAAUUAAGCGGGAGUCACUCCACACGUGGCACACGUGGGUGUGAUGUCACUUGCUGCAAAACAAGUUUGCCUUGAGCCGGUAGAACGCGCGGCAUGUACAGAUUUUGUUUCACAAAGUAGAACUACUCCCAGCUUCCUACACGGACGUUUCAGGGGCUCGUAACGCGUUCCGUGACGAGCCAAAUGAACGUCUGCAGAGGAGGCUAAACUGCUCCCCGUCGUUUCCAGGUUCUCUCUCCUACUGGGUAGGAGAGAACUCUGGGAAUGAGGUUACUCCCCGUCUCGCGGCUUCAGUCAAGCUAGUGGUCAUUUUCGUGUCUCGCGCGUUUUGCUCGACGGAGGAAGAAAACCGAGAGACUGCUCGUAGUGUAUAAAAUGUUGUAAAUCCACUUAAAUUAACUUGCCAAAAUAAAUGUCAAAUAAGAGUUCACUUUUAACGGUACAUCUAGUCUGAUAUUAUUUAUCAAUUGUUGGUCUUGUACGUUACAAUAUUUAUCCUGGUUACAAUAUCCUGGCUUACACCGUACCGCAUAGCUUUUUAUGCCGACACGUGAAGCUAUCCAGUGAAUACCGAUUCGAUGUGUGACUCUUCACUUUAGAGAUCGGCGCGGGGAAGCUUAGUCUGCUAGUGUCGUCACGCAACGGUGGGGAGGAGCGUUGCGUGACGACACUAAAACCGACUGUGUAGCAGACUAGGCGUCAACUAGGCGUAGGUUCGCCCCGUUACAGAAAUCGCGCCAAAAUAACCCGUUCUUAUGCGUGAACAGAAGCCCUAUCUAUCCGGGUAUGGUUCUCUUGCCGACGCAAAUGCUAUCCGGUAUAAUGGGAACAUAGCCAAAGACAGCCUAGUUCCUAGUCGUUCUCUCUUGGCCCUUUGUCCGCGCGAAGUCUGGGAAAGAGUAGGCGAGUAUCUCUCGGUGACGUCACAGCUCACUGUAGAGUCCAGGAUUGACUGCGCCGUAGGGACCAGGCUGAGCCAAAGAUUAAUUAAGAGUUUUUUUAACUCACUUUUACAGGAGCUCUGGAGUAGAAAGGAUUUCAAGUUAAUAAGUAAACCCCAGGUAAUAUACUUGCAUUUGUCAAACAAACAAAGACAAAAAAAAAUUACAGCGAAACGAAACAAUUUUUUUUUGGAACUGAAAAAUUUUCAUUCAUAUCCAUGUUGCGAUGUCGUAGAAUUUUAUGUUUUUUGGUAAAACUGAAAUUUUACAUUAUAAAUUUUGUAAAAUUUAACUGGUAUAUCUUGACUUGCUCAACAGGCAAGUGACUCAACAUCACUUGAGUGGUCUCCAGAUGGUGAACACAUUUUGACAGCAACAACGUCUCCAAGGCUUAAGGAAGGAAAUGGGUGAGUAAGUUUUGCGGGCUAUAUUGGUUUUAAUCAUUUUUCAAAAACGCUAACAUCAUAGCUACUUGUGCAUGAUCUUUAAUGAUGUGCUUACUAAAAAAGUUGUACCCCUUUGUAAGCUUGUAUUGUAUUAGCCUGAGUGCUCUAGCAGCUGAAUGGUUGACCACUCCACCAGGAUCUAAGUUCCCUACUCCUUACAAACGGCAUUUUCUGCGCUUGUUUGUCAGGCGUCAUUUCGCGGUGAAACAGUUUGGGCGUGGCGAAAUGUCCGCUGUUUUCUUAGGCUAGUGGCUUUGUUAUUAAUAAAUCUUGUGUUUAAUUUUCCGUGUAGGUAUAAAAUUUGGCAUUACACGGGGAAACUAUUACAUGAAAAGAGUGUGGGUGAACUCUGGGAGGUAGGUUUGUCAAAAAAGAGUUGUUUUUAGAUACCAUCUUUUACGCAGAAAAUAUUGUGAAAUCUCGGUUAAACGAAGGCUACUAGAUUACUAUGAGGUCAAUGAAGUGACUGGAGUUUUCUUGUUUAUUAGGUUAAAUGGCAGCCGGUUCAAGGCGAUACAUUCAAGGAACCAGUUAUCAGUUACCAGGCCGCCCCGUCCAUAACAAAACAGGAACAAGAGAAAGGUAAGUAUGGCUGGUGUUGGUGCUUUGUUAAGGAGACGUCAACUGCAGUCAUUGGAAAUAAAAUUCGAACUUCUAAUCAAUAGUCCAGUUACGAAUUAAAAAUUACCGCUGAAUACAAACAUUAUUUGACACAUUCAUUCAGGGUUAGCCUCGACAUAAAGUAAAAUGUUCAGAAAUUCCGGCAAGUAAGUGUUUGAAAUUUGAAUACAGUAUACACAAUAGACAGAGUAAUAAACAGGUCUUCUUCUCGUAGAAUUUUGUGAAUAUAUUAUUUCAGAUGGAGGUUAAGCCUGUAGAAAAUGCGUCUUCACUUCUUUAAUUCAGCGGUCAUAGCGAACUCGAAACUGGACUGAAUCUAACAGUGGAAUUCCACGUAUUUUAGUCAUCCUACUGAUAUUCAAAGAGAGACGGGAGAUGGAGAGCAGGGGAAAAAAGCAAAAGAAAGGAAGAGGGGUGCAGAAGAGAGGAGGAUCCCUCUUUCCCUACCCCCACCCCCCCUCCACGCCACUUCUCGCUCGUUUUUCUUUGCGCUGUCCUAACUGUUUGCAUGCCUGCAACAGGCUUCCUACUCAUGAACUGAUACUACGUUUCUAGGAGCAACUGUUUUUUUGAGUGUCUCUCCUUCGAAUCGUCUGGUAUCCAAAUCAUACUGGAUCACCAGAAUCUCCUCUGAUAAGUACCCAUGUAACAGUAAUAACCCUGUCUGCUGCAACUGAAUUGAACCGCCAAAGUAGAAAUCUGCCCGGUUGUGAAUUUUUUAAAAAACGUCUUUUCACCUCUUAUUGAAUAUGUUGUGAACCCCAAAAAUCGUUUUACCCGACCUUGAGACUUUUCCAAAAUAAAUAUCACAAGUUACAUUUUUGCUGUUACCUGUACAGUUGGAUAAUGAUUUGUUAGACUUUGUACCGUUCACUUUGUUUUUAGUAACACCAAUGUUGUGUCUUUUUCAUUUGCAGCUAAAGCGGUUUACCGACCACCAAGUCUUAGAGGAACUGCCCCAGCCGUUAAAUUGGUGAGAUAUGUUCACUUUACUUUCGUUGUAAUGCUGUACUGCUCUGGAUCACUUGACAUGGCCGAAAUACAAUCUCGAUACUUAUUUAAUAUUGCUUUUUACCCUCGUAGGCGUGAAAGAUUUUAAUCUACGCUUUUUAUUUCAGCGCGAAUAUGAACCGGCUGAAAAUAUGAAACCCAAAGAGGGACAGGAGAUGUCCAAAUCUGCAGCUAAGAACAAGAAAAAGAGAGAGGCAAAAGCAAGAGCGAAACAGGAACAAGAAACUUCUGAAGAGGUUAUACUCUUUACUUUUUACGUGCGACUUUCUGGAAAUAUCUGACACUCACGGAAAACUGUUAAUUUUGUUUCCGAGAAUCGCCGAGGGAAUUAGAAUUAAAGUUUACUACUUUCCCUAAGGACCCAGUUAUUAAGUGAUUUGUUUUAAUACCCACAAAGAGGAACUCCUACGUGUGCAAAAUUUUCUCAGCGAGAGGUUUUUUAAACAUUUGUGGGUAACUCAUUACUUUGUUACCCUGUGACGUCAUAAAUUAUUUUGCAAUGUUGCCCGCACAGAAACUGUUGGCGGGAAACAGUUUCAUUGUUAGAUGUCCUGUGACUUCGAAGUAACCAAUGAGAGCGCGUUCUGUUUGGAAAAAAUGUACGCCAUAGGCUGGUUUGCACGUGACGUCACGGCGGCCAUGUUGGUGGUCAAGAACAAAAUCAUUUCUCUCCUCUGGGAACUAAACUCUAUUUUCAUGUAAAUUCUUCGAGAAAAAAUUCGAUUGUAUUGACCCCCAACAUGAACGCUUUGUCAAGUGGUUGCAAACCAAGAAGAGCAGUUUGCUUUAUUUGCAAAUUACGGGAAAACGCUGUGAAAAAGGGGUUAGUCUGCGUAGUUGGCGGUUUUGUUGGUGUGUUUUCCUUCUCUGGUUCGUGAAGUAAGAGAUUCAGCCGCGCGAAAGCUGAACCGAGGACGACAAAAAACCGCCACCACGGGGCGAGUUCCAGCCAUGUCAUUGUGGGCCUUCUUUACCUUACCUAUCUUUGUACGUGCUUAAAUGAAUGUUAACUGCCCCUCCGUACUUACCUCACUGAGCACUAUCAUUUGUUUUUGUUUUUUGUUUUUAGGCUUCGAGUCCAACUCUACCCACUCCUCCCCCCUCAUCUGUAGUGACCAGCACAACUCUUCCACCGGAGAAAGAAAAGAAACUUAAAAAUUUGAAGAAGGUACGAAUAUAUGGAAUUCAUUUUAAAAGUGUUGUUUCUUACAUGUGGUCUACGGAAAAUCAAAGAAAUUCUCAAGUAUAAACCAAGUAUUUUUCCCUAACGACGGGCUAUCACUUAUAUUUCAAGUUGCAAGGUAAACGUAGUUAGUAGGUAGGGAAUUAAACGGCUAGGAAGUUCUUUGGGUUCCGUUUUUCUUUUGUUCAGUAUGAGAAUAUCUACGGGUCAUGCUUAUAGUAGCCGGGGAAAUCCGUGCCUCCCCCGGCCCUUAGUGACACCCCUGUUGUAUAUGGACAUUAGAUCACUUUGGUGGAGUACAAUCAAUUCUUUCGAAGGCGGACAGCUUGAAAUCAGGGUGACCGGGCGCUCAGGUGAGUUUUGGGGAGCGAGCCUCCUCUAGGGUGUUUCAGCUGUUUCAGCGUGUCUCGCGCUUCGCGCCCCAAAGAGCCCUCAUUAUUACAGGCUCUCAGUCAUGAGUCGGAACAAGUGAAAAGAAAACCGAGCGCGGAGAAAAUGAAAGAGAGAAAAGAAAACUGAGCGCGAAGAAAAUGAAAAAGAGAGGAAAGGAGAAAGUCCUAGCCUGUUCGCUUUCUCUCAGUUUCGUUUCGUUCGUUCCCACUACCUGAGAGCCUGGAACAAGCGAGUGUCUGACCUGUGGAAAGCCAAGAGAAAGGACUGAACAUUGACAGCGACAGGGCAUUAUUCGUCUUUUAAGGGUGUUCUUGAGGGGAUAGUUGACUGGACACAAUUUACCUUUUUUUUCCCAAGCUCUUACUACUUUGUUGUUGUUUGUAAAUGCGCGUUGUAUUGAAUUAUCAAUGUUUCUUUGGUUUGCUAGCGCUGACUGAAGUUUGAUAAUUUAUAUAACAUUUGCAAUAUAUCCUUAUCUUCCCCUUUAGAAAUUGCGACAAAUUCAAGACUUGAAGGAACAGCAGAGAUCAGGAAAGACACUGGAAAAAAAUCAGGUCAGAUUGCCACUUUCAUCCCCAUGUUGUAAAUAGUUUUGGACCGUCCGCAGUUUAUCUCACAGAGCUCAUAACCUGCGAGCAGGCUUACCUGUGCGAGUUCAGGGUGAGGAAUGGGGCGAGGAAAAGUGAUCUUCUCGCGCGCCGAAAAUUUUCCCGAACUAAGUGAGCCUGUUUGCAGGCUACAGAGCUUAUUACGGAAAUUUGUUGCUAAAUGAUCUUACGUUCUCAUACUGACUGUCCUUUCUUUCAUUCGCCCACAACAUAAAGAAGUUGUAUCUCAUCUGUUUCGUUAAAUUCAGAAACUGACGUCAGUUCUAUGUAGCACCAUGAUUAGCCAUAUUAAACUAUUAAAUAUAAGCCCAUCUACUUGGAAAAAAAUAUAUCCAAUAGGCCACUCCCGAGUUCCAAAAACCCUCACUUUCAAAAUAAGGCCAAGUACACAACCUUUCUUAUGAAAAUGAGUUUUAUUUACAUGAGAAUGAAAAAUCAUUUUCAUAUCAAGGGCUGGGCACUUAACCUCGUUUCGAUACAUAGGCCUGGGGAACUCGGACAUGGCCCAUUAAAUACUCCCUGGAUAUAAGCCGCCAUCUAGCUCCAAUGUUUAACCCCCUCCCCCCCCGCCUCGUAAUCGAUUUAUUAUGACGUUUUAAAGCACAAAACGUAUUUUGAUUAACUCUGCUAUAAAUUGUUUCGAAGCGCUUUUCUAUCCGGUUAUAAGCCACUCCUCCCAAAUCCGCUUCGAAGAUGUAUAAACCCAGUGCUUGUAAGCAAUAGUAAGAUCUGCAUGGUGUGAUUUAAUCCAAGGCUGUGCUCUAAGAAAAAUUGAAGGGAGCCCAGUGCUCUGGACUUGUGAAAUCCAGUGUGCCCAGCAUAUAAUUUGUAUGAAAAAGCAAAGAUUUUCUAGUCGCCCGAGAACAAGAGUUAGGCGCCACGGGUCACAGGGCUCUGCUAGAGCACAGCUUUGUAAUCCUUUUUGAAAAGACACUUUUCUUUCCUUUUUUCAGCUUGAAAAGGUAUCAUCUGAGGCAUCGCUCAUAAAGGAAAUACAAGAACUCGAACUUGGCAGCUGACACUUUAUUUUUCUUACAUGGAUGCAAGAUCGAACUAUUUAAAACAACUAAAAUUCUGCCAUUGUUACGAUUAGAAAUUAACUUGACAUGGAGAAAAAAAGAAUUGCGUGAAUAAUAUAGACCAAUACCUUUUAUUUGUAUUUUCGAGAGUGCGA